GACUGACGAGACCAAAUAAGGAGUUUGUUCUUACAAGGAACCGCCAUUAUGUCUCAAAUAAUUUAUGGAAAACCUGAUUAAAACGAUGAAAAGACGACCAAGAACGGACAAUCAGCAUUUAGAAAUGUUCGUAAAGUGCCACAUUUCAUGCAAACAGUAGUGAUUUAAAACGUUGAAAAAAAAAUACACAAACUUUUGAGAGGCAAUUCAGAGCUAUUGACAUCGGCCCAAUUUUUGGAAGUUUAAAUUCAAGGCUGUUUGUAAAGUCAGGCACAGUAUUCUAGAGAUGAAAUAGAAGCAAGAACAUCUCAAAAGUCGAUAGAAGAUAAAUAUGGAAUCAACACUUUUGUCAAGAUAUCAACAGAAUUUUACACGACUAGCAAUAACCUGCGUGGACGAUAUAAAAUUUGUGUUUAAAGAUGUUUUUAAAAGCCAGAUCAAGCCUGUAGACCUCGAAAAUGCUAUCAAUUCAUGUCCAACGCUAACAAUGGGGAACCAGAAACUGAGAACAGAUCAGCUAAAAAUUUGUAGAGUCCCUGCUCCACAGGUUCCUGACUAUGAUAUGUUUGAUGUUUCGUUGCUCUAUAAACUGAUACGAAAUCUGUGUCCAAAUUUGAAACCAACAAAAGGAUGGGGAAAUACACCGGAUACAAAAGAACUGCAGAUUGGAGAUGACAUUGAGCGACUCAGACUGAUCCGAAACGAAAUGUUUGCCCAUUUACACUCUUCAGAAAUUCCCGAUGCCACAUUCUUAUCAUGCUGGAAAGAAUUAAAAGAAGUCAUUAAGAGAGUUCAGUUUUUCAUGACGUCACUUGGAUACAGUGUAAACUAUGAGAAAAAACUCGCAAUUACUGAAGUAUCUGAUUUUUGUCAAGAAGAUAUGAAAAAAUACAAAAUAUUUCUCGAAGCAACAUUGAUUUUAUGGAAGGAAAAUAAAGAGGUUCCAGUGAUAAAAGUAAAUGGAAAGAGCAAAAUUGUUUAUGGAGAAGAUGCAUAUAUUGAGGCUGAGACAGAAAGAUGUCCGGACAAUAUGAACUGGCCGCUUACUUGGGAAAGAGUAAGAGGGGGUAAAACGGAAAUCAUUGACACUAGUACAGAAAAGUACAGGGGCAGUUCCAUAAAACGGCUGGUCAUAAAGAGAGUUGAAAAAGCAGAUGAAGGAGAAUAUCGUGCCGUGAUAUCACGAGAGAUGAAUGGAAGUCAUAUUUAUGUGCCAAGUAAUAUAUUCUUUCUACAUGCUUUAGGAGAUCCUCCAAAUCUAGAAAUUACCCGGGCAACCUCAGGAAUAGAUAGUGUUACUAUUCUGUAUACCUGUUUUGUUGAAAAGACAUCUCCUGUACUAGAGAAAAUUGAGUGGACCAAAGAUGGAGAACUAUUGAGGAUGGCUGCAAAUAAGUAUGAAGGUGGUGGAAUCAAAGAUAACUAUCUGAAAAUCCUUUCCUCAUCGGAGAACGACAGCGGUGAAUACACAUGUAGAGUAUUCAAUGCUGUUGGAUCAAGCGUGAAACGCAUAGUUCUAGCUGCCCCAUAUGUAGAUAUUGGCAAAGAACUCACGUGUCCAAUGGGUUGUGAAUUCACUUUUAACCCCGUCAUAAAGUCAUGCCCUUCUGCGGAGAAAGCAAUUUGGCAAAAAAGCAAAACUCAAGAUUCUGAUAAUUUUAAGAACAUAGACAUCAAUGAUGCCCGGUAUUUUGGAAGCAGUUUGGAUCCAGAGAAUCCUAUCCUUCGAAUAUGGAAAACAUCCCACGCUGACAAUUCGUAUUACAGACUAGAAGUCACAAAUGGGAUUGGUAAAUCUACAAGCAAUGCGGUUUUGUUGAAGUUAGUUGGUGAUCCUCCUUCUGUGUUCACAAGCCUUGAAACUAAUAUUCUGAGUCAGGAUGUUAAAUUUUUAUGCAAAGUCUACCUCACGGAAGGUUCUCCAGAGGUAACAAAGAUUUUUUGGACAAAGGACAAACAGAACCUCGAUAUUUCAGGUAGUGGAGGAAAAUAUGCUGGAGGAAGUAUUGCUGAUCCUUCACUAGUCAUCCAUAACGUUAAUGUUAACGACGCUGGGGAAUAUCAAUGCUGUGUUUCAAAUGCUGUAGGAUCUAUGUUAAGUUAUCCGAUUCAUCUAGACAAGCCUACGGUUCAGACCAAAAGUUUUGAGAGGGAUGAUGAGAGUGAUAGAGUAAUCUGUACGGUUGCAAUAAAAUCUAUUCCUGAGGCUCUCAAAACUGAAUGGAGGGUUAAAAAAAAUCCUGACGAUGAUUUUCAACCAAUAGAUGUUUACGAUUCCACAUACGCAGGCUCAACUGUUUCCUUACCACAUCCAGUUCUGAUUGUUUAUGGAUAUAGCAAUAAACAGGGUCACGAAUUUCAAAUCAGUGUGUCCAAUUUCAUCGGAGAAACUAGAGAAAUCAUAAAUGAAAAGAAAAUCAGAAAUGAGGAUUGUUAUCAAAAGGCACAUAAUAAACAAAAGGAUAUUUAUCGGAAAAGAGGUCUAAAAAUACCGUUUGCCAAUCUAAGAGACGAUCUUGAAAGCUCUUUUUCACAGAGUGAGGUGAAAAGGUUCAAACAUUUACUGAUUGAUGCAGAAGGGCAAGGAAUCCCGGAUCAAGAAUCACAAAAGAAAAUCCGUCAAGGAGAUGAGACAGGGCCUGGACAAAUUCUCAAGCGUUAUGCUGAAAAGCAUCAUUCUGGUAAGACAAAAAGACUUUACCUUGGCAAAACAGCAGCCAGUAAGCAGGUUAUUGUUGCAGUAAUUGAUAGUUAUGAGAACAAUGAGGAUACCUUCGAAGAGCUGCCUGUUCUUUACAGGAACUGGAGAGAAAGUUUCACUGAAAGUAAACAGGCUAUUCAUUGUAAAGAGGCUAUGGCAAAUCCAAUGAAUCACGAAGAAAUCUCACAGAUUGAGACAAUCAUCUCGGGCAAUGCCGAAAAAUUAAUGAGCUAUCAUUCAAACCUAGAAAUGAUAAGUGCCUCUCCUGUGAAAUCCAUGAAGCAAGGUAAAGAGAUAAAGGUUGAAAGAUGCUUAGUACUUUACUGCACCUAUAAAGGAAUCAUACCAAAUGGUGAAGAGGAGUUUCCACAUCAAAUAGAAGGAAUUAAGACUGAUGUUAGAGAAGGUUUCUUUUAUUUUUGUCCAAGACAGGGUAGUCAAAGUCAUGUGUUCAAAUCCUCCAUGGACUAUCAUCAUCAACUUCGAAUGGGUUGUAACAUCGGAAAGGAAGAUUUAAUGAAAACGGGGACAUUAGGGGGAUUUGUUAAGCUAAAUAACAAUGAGAUCGGGUUUAUCACCUGUGCACACGUUUUGCAUCCUAACCUGCCUCUGCAAGAUGGCGAUAAAACAGCAACGUUUAACGUAGUACAACCUGGAUAUGGUAUUAUGAAAAGAAAUGAAAUCUGCGGUGUCCAUCUAAAAUCGCUUUGUCCAUACACAUCAACGGUUGACGCUGCUUUAGUGAAAAUUACCAACAGAAUGCCAGAUCGAGGAUUAUUCGCUGGGAUAUCUUUUGAAGAUUUAGAAAACAGAGGGUUUGACACCGAUUUCCCCCCAGAAUUUCAGACAGGGGAAAUAAGGGACCUGCGUGGAACUAUUUCAAGAGAACAUAGGUUUACACUAUGUGUUAAGGUUGGUUCUUCAUCUCGGUUAACCAGAGGAAUUAUCAACGUAAAGAAUGCAAGCGUUAAACUUGAUUCGUAUACUCUUACUGAGCAAUCACAGAAUAUCGUUAUGCACAACUUAAUAGAGAUAAAUCCAGAAGCUGGACAUGCGUUUGCCACUGCUGGGGACUCGGGGGCAUUGGUUUUCCAAUUUGAAACUGCAUCAAGACCAGAAAAUGAUAAGCUGGUGUGCAUAGGAAUGCUUGUAGGGGUGCAUAUGUCUGGUGCAGCUCUUGUCAUGCCAAUUAAAAAGGUUCUUGAAGAACUAGCGUUACCUGAUACAACAAGAUUGUUCACAUUUCAACAUGAGACGAUGGAACAGUAGACGACAUGACGCCAAGUAGAUAUAGUAUGGUGUUAAAAUAAAGACUAACACAGGAAGACAUAGCAAAGCUGAAGUUUAAAAGGACAACCUUGGAUUGAAAAGUAUAUCGAAGGUAAAAAAGGUAUGGUUACAAAACUGAAGAAAAGACAUGGAGCAAAUUUGAUAUUAGAGAUAAGUCAGUGAAAAAACAUCUUGUUUUUGUGUUUUUAACAAUUCAGAUUGAAGACAGGACAAAUGAUUAUUUUAUGCUUUUCGUGUAAUAUAAAUUACAAAAAAAAAUGAAAAGAAAGAUUUGUUUCAAAUUGAAUUUAAUUGAAAAAAAUGUUUUGCCUUCAAGUAUAUUCAUCCAUCUUAUCUCUGUUCCCAUUUGUAAAAUGGCCAAAUAUUUGUGUGACAAUUUUUCCUUUUAAUUAACAGACUUUUUAAAUCAGCAUAUUUGCAAAAUUA